AUGCCAUUCUCUUUGCGGCACGCCGAUUUCAGAUUUGAUGAUGGUGAAGAAUUGGCCCCAGAGUGGAAAUCCGGGAACAGUUGGAACCUUGCGAAGAGGAGAGACGUGGAAAGGCAAAAACAGGCCCAGCUGGAUACUCAGCGAAUAUCUGAGCCACUACGGCUGCUCCAACUGAUAGUAGCAGCAGCGGCAACAUCUCCAAUUUGA